GCGGACCGCCCCAGGCGGUUCGCUCAUCGACGUGCGUUUCGCCGGGCACGGGCGCCUGUUUUCGGGCGUCGAGUCGUUAUAUCCCGCCCGUGGCCACCCAGGAUGCGGUGCCCUUCGCGGGCGGGGUGUGCCCCCAGUUGUGCUUGCACCGAAGUGCCCGUUUGCUAGAGGGUGUCUUGUCCAUCCUCGAGAAUUUGUGCCGUGCAUGCCGCUCGCGGCUCUUCGGCACGUGGCGCACCGGGGGGACCCGCACGCGGCGCUCACCAGCACCGCCCUGACGCUCUGCGCCAAGGCUCGCUGGGUACAGCGCGGCUGGGAGGUCUGGCACGCGAUGGCCCCGGGAGAGAGGUCAGUCGUCGACUAUUCGAUCAUGAUCGACCUCUGCGCCAGGAGUCAGCGGUCCAUCAACGCCGAGCAGCUUUUUCAGUCGAUGAGGGAAGCGGGCGUCAAGCCCAAUCUGAUCACGUACAACUCGCUGCUGAAGGCGUACGCGACGACGUCGCAGCCCGAGCGCGCCCUUGAGGUCUUUGAGGGCAUCCCGCGCGAUGUGCUCGAUGCCGCCGGGGAGAAGACCAGGCAUCAGCAUCGGGAGCCUUGAGACGAGGGUCAAUGCGAGCAGGGGUCAGCCAGAGCGCUGGAUCUUGCAGGCAGGCGAGCUACGGGACGGUCAUGUCCGCGUUCGCCCGGUGCGGGGACUACGCCGGCACCUAUAAGGUAUUCAUGCGGAUGCUCGAGGAUGGCGCGCGGCCGAACCUCAUGCACUACACCGCGAUGCUUACCUCCUGCGCGCGCGACGGGGACGGCACAACUGCGGACGGGGUGUUUGCGAGCAUGCUCGCUGCGGGAGUUCAGCCUGACGUGCCGGCGUAUGCCCAGGGCGGUCAAGACCACACAGGAGGGGAGUUUUCCCUGACAGGAGGCGUAGAGUACAUUGUUGGCCCGUGCCAAGAAACACCCUGCUUGCCUCUAGGGUGCCCUGGGUUUCUUGGGUUUCGAGGGUUUUGCUGUGGAAGGCGUGG